AUGCGAUUCAUCGCUACAGAUUUUCUCAGAAGUAGAACAUCUCUGCUGCUUAGCCGUCAGAAUCUUCCAACCACCAAACAAAAACCGUUUAUGCUUGGCAAAGGUGGCGGUUCCCACUCUUGGUCGUCAUUCAAUGAAUCUCUCUCCUCUCUUCUCAAGAGAUCGCCAACCCAUUCCCAUCUACAAGAAGCCAGAAGAUUACAUGCACUCAUGCUGGUUGGCAGCAUCCUCAACCCCGACAGCGACAUAGCUGGCCCAGCAUCACUCUUGGGUUCGCGGCUGGUGCAAGUCUAUGCCCAACUGGGCUGUCUCGAGGAAGCCUUGCUCGCCUUUGGCAGACUCCACUGCGUCCACAACAUUGCCUGUAAUGCUAUUCUUCGGGCCUAUGUGGACUCUGCACACUUUUCCCAAGCAAUUCACUUCUUUAAUCACUUGGUAUUCAAACUUGGCUUCAUGCCUGAUAAUUACACUUGCCCGCUAAUCUUAAAAGCUUGUUCAGAAUUAUGUGCCCUCGAAGAGGGUAGAAAGACGCAUGAUCUGAUCCGUUCUGCUGAGGUUCACUACUGCUUUAAGCCCAACGUCUAUACAAAAUGCGCUCUGAUAGACAUGUUUGCAAAAUGUGGAAGCUUGGAUGAAGCACGGAUGGUAUUCGAUGAUAUGCCUCAGAAAGAGAGAGACUUGGCUUCUUGGACUGCUAUGAUAUGUGGAACGAUACAUCAGGGGCAUGGGCAGGAAGCACUGUAUUUGUUCAACACAAUGAGACGCGAAGGGACAGACCCUGAUUCAGUUGUUAUGGCAGCUAUUCUUCCAGCCUGCGGUCGAUUGGGAGCCAGGCAAGAGGGAAUGGCUUUGCAAGGCUGUGCUCUGAAGAGUGGUUUCCACUGUGAUUUGUUUGUUUCCAAUGCUGUCAUGGAUAUGUACUGUAAAUUCGGGGAUACUCACCAAGCUUACAGUGUAUUUUGCAGAAUGCCUUGUAAAGAUGUUGUAUCUUGGAGCACAUUAAUAGCUGGCUAUUCACAGAAUUGUGAGUAUGAAAGGAGCCUUGUGCUCUACUUAGAGAUGAUAAAUCUGGGUGUAAAACCUAGUGCAAUCAUUGUGGCAAGUAUUCUUCCUACACUUGGCAAACUCAACUUAUCAGAACACGGAAAAGUGAUGCAUGGCUUUAUCCUGAAAAAGGGAUUUGACUCUGAUGUUGUUGUCAGCUGUGCGCUCAUCGAAAUGUACUCAAGCUGUGGCUUAGCGGGAGGACUCGAAGUUCUUUUAAGCCUUUGGUCAGAUUGGGACAUCAUGGUUUGGAAUUCGGCAAUUGCUGGGCAUGCUGCUUGUGAAAACUUUAAUUUGGCUCUCAGUGUCUUUAGGAAGAUAUGGAAGUCUAAAUGUAAACCAAAUUGCAUCACUUUGGUCAGCAUCCUUCCAAUCUGUACCAAAAUGGGGGCACUUAAACAGGGUAUGGAAGUUCACUGCCAUGCGAUUAGAAGCAGUCUUAUCGGAGCUGUUUCAGUCGGCAAUUCACUUAUUGAUAUGUACUGUAAAUGCGGAUACCUAGGGCAUGGACUUAAGGUGUUUGAUCACAUGAUGGAAAAGGAUAUUGUAUCUUAUAACACGAUCAUUUCUGCCUACGGAUUCCAUGGGUAUGGAAAGCAAGCAUUGGUCCUCUUUGAUGAAAUGAAAUCUUUAGCAAUGAAGCCAAGUAAGGCAACUUUUGUUGGACUCCUGUCUGCUUGUAGUCAUGCAGGCCUGGUAGAUGAGGGUCGGUCUCUUUACAUUUCCAUGAUUAAUAGUUAUGGCAUACUCCCAAAUAUGGAACACUACUCAUGCAUGGUAGACCUGCUUGGUAGAGCAGGGCACAUUUGUGAUGCAUGCAACUUCAUCAGAACAAUGCCCGAGGAACCAGAUGGUAAUGUCCUGGGAUGUUUGCUUGCUGCUUGUCGAGUUCACAACAUGGUGGAGCCUGCCUAUCUUCUUGCUAAAGAAAUUCUCCAAGAUAAGUUGGAAGAUUCUGGUUACCAUAUACUUUUGUCCAACAUGUAUGCAUCAACAAAGAAAUGGAAAGAUGCCUCAAGGGUCAGAGUUCUAAUAAAGGAGAAAGGGUUAAGGAAAAAACCUGGGAAGAGUUGGAUACAGAUAGGUCACUGUACUCAUAUAUUUGAUGCCAGAGAUACAACGCAUUCAGAGUACAACAAAAUACAAGUAUUCCUGGAAACAUUGAUGUCUGAGAUGAGGGAACCGUGUGUGGUGGAUCCAUGUUUCUCUCUCCCUUCACUUUGA